AUGGGGAUUCCAGGCCUCAUCAAUGCCAUUGGCACAGGGGAACGUAUAUCCCUUGCCAAGUUGGCCGUGUCGCACUUAGAACGAACAGCAAGACCCAUUCGCGUCGCGGUUGACAUUUCGAUCUGGUUGUUCCAAGUCCAAGCGAGUCGUGGAGGGAAAAACCCCGAGCUAAGAACACUAUUUUAUCGGCUUCUGAAACUAUUAGCACUACCAAUACAUCCUCUCUUCGUUUACGACGGCCACCACAAGCCCCCCUUUAAGCGUGGAAAGGCCAUAUCAAGCCGCAGCUAUGGCAAUGCACCGAUCAUACGUCGCUCUAAGGACCUCAUCGAGCGAUUCCGGUUCCCCUGGCAUGAGGCACCAGGUGAGGCAGAAGCCGAGUGUGCACGGUUACAACAGGCAGGUGUUGUGGACGCAGUAAUGAGCAAUGAUGUUGAUGCUUUGAUGUUUGGAUCAACAAUGACAAUAAUGAAUUUUUCAAAAGAGUCGGGAAGUGGCACUUCUGCUGCAACGCAUGUCACUUGCUACCACAUGGGGAGGUCAAAACAUUUGUCAAAUGUGCCUCUCGACCGGGCCGGGAUGAUUCUCUUUGCCAUGCUCAGUGGAGGUGACUACCUUCCGUCUGGAGUGCCAAAGUGUGGUAGCAAACUGGCUGCAGAGAUCGCCAAAGCCCAAUUUGGUGAUGAUCUUUUAAAAGAACUCGGCAAGGAAGAACCUGAUCUAGAUGCGAGACUCACUGAGUGGCGAGAGCGGCUGCAGUACGAAUUGGACGAAAAUGAGAGCGGCUGGUUCAGCACAAAACACAAAGCUGUUCGCAUUCCGGAAACUUUCCCCGAUCGCACAAUCCUCGAGUACUAUGCAGAGCCAAAGGUGUCGACUGAAGAUGAACUAGCCACCUUGAGAAGCCAGCUGAGGCAGGCUUGGGAUCGUGAGAUCGACCCUCAGGCAGUCAGGAGCUUUGUUGCCGAAUAUUUUGAGUGGAAUUAUCGCUCAGGUGCAAGAAAAGUCAUUAAGCUCUUGGCAGAGCCUCUCGUCUCCUACAGACUCCGCCUCCAAAAACCGAUUUUAGGUGUACUGGGCGGCUCACUGGCUCCUAGCUGCGAUACGCCAUGGUUUCAAAAGGUCUACCGAUGUCGUACGAGUUUUGGCACAGAUGGCCAGCCCGAGCUCCAAAUGGAUAUUCUCCCCAUUGAUGUUGAGAUCGUAUCUGUCCAAGAUACGUCGCAAUCUGGAGUAGAGGAGGAAGACCAAGAAGCUGUGGCUGAAACACCACAAACUCCGUCGAAAACGCGGGUCACAAAGCGAUAUGAUCCUUACGCUAUCGAAAAAGUCUGGAUUUUCGAAUCUGUACUCAGGCUCGGUGUUCCUGGUGUCGUCAAGAAUUGGGAGGACGAACAGGCUGAAAAGGCUAGGAAGGCUGCUGCUCCCAAGAAAUCAACUACACGACGCACGGGCCCCAAGAAGAAGGGGCCUAUCGAUCCCGGAAUGAAGCGAGGAAGCAUAUUGAAGUAUGGAACUCUCACAAAGGAGAGAUCUGAAUUAUCUGCUCCCAAGAUGGCACAUAUGCUGGAAGCUACUGCUUCAAAAAGUCGAACAGCAGCAUCUACAGUUGAUUCACACCACUCUCCAAUUACCGGUCUUGAUGACCCUCUCGCUCCUAGUAUGUACUCUCAGCAGGACUCAGAUCAGCCUCAUUAUGUCGCUCUUGAUCUGGAUGAACUCACUAGUACAUUUUCGUCGUUGUGUACCAUGUCAUCAAUUGCUGCCGUGAAGCGCCAGCCCUUGUGCAACCUGCUCUCCCCUUCGUUGCCGAAAAUUGAAAUAAGCUACUUGAUCUCGGAGGCCAGGAGCUCAAAGGUCCGAUUUGUGAAGGAUGAUCUGGCACUGAGCCUGUCUCGUCCUCAAAAACUUCCACAUGCGGAAAAACGAAGGGAUCCAAGUUCUCACAGCAGCCUUGAAAAACCAUACGAGGUUGAAGAUCUCGAGAAGUCCAUUGAUAAUUUGAAAUUAUCAACUGAGCCCAAUAUUCACUUGCCCAAGGGUUCAUCGUCGCGGCCCUUGUGCAAUUCUAAGCCAAAUUCAAGAACACGAAAGUAUACUGCUCGUCGGCACCCUCAAGAAGAAUUCCCCAAGCCUCAAGAGUCUGAUCCAAAAGAAGUUCCACAUCAUGACUCGAAAAGUGAGGUUAAAUCCACAAUCUUAUCAGCACCCUGUGGUGAUGACCCCUCACCAUCGAAACACGAGUCUUCUUUAGACACGUCGCAUAUAUCGAAUCUUAAGCCAAAGAUUUCCAGAGAAUCCCAAGAUAAGAACCCAAUUUCCGAGCAAGCCAAGGGGUAUGUUGAGAACAUCGUGACUUCAAAUGGCUUCUGGGCGGUUGGUACCGCUGAGGAUGACAUGCUUGUUUCGGAUACUGGUAAUAAUCAAUCCGGAACUGGAACCGAUACACAAGCCCGUCAGAGAAACAAAGGAAAGAAACGAGUCCCGCGUGUGAGCGUCUUGGACCUUAUUUGA